GCCCCGGAGACAGACUGACAAAAGUUAUCUACCGCGAUCACACUGAGUUGAUUCUGAAAUAUGUGUAAGGGACUCUCCAACCUGCCUUCCUCCUGCUUGGAGAAGGCAAAAGGGAUGCGAGUGAAGCUGAGCCACCUGGCUGAGAUCCACCACAAGCAAAAGGUGCAGGAUGGAAAAAUCCUUCAGGAUCUGGAAACUCUGCUGGGCAGCAAGAUCGGUCUUCAGGCGUUUAGAGGGUUCCUGCGUUCAGAGUUCAGCGAGGAGAACCUGGAGUUCUGGCUGGCCUGCGAGGACUACAGGGUUUCCCCUUCAAACAUGCAGAAGACCAAAGCCAGCAGCAUCCUCAACCAGUUCAUCAACCCCGACGCUCCACUGGAGGUGAACCUGGAUGCUGAGACCCGUGAGGCUCUGCUGAGCGUGAUGGACUCCCCGUGUGCCGACACCUUCAGCCUGGCGCAGCAGAGAAUCUACAGCCUGAUGGCCAAGGACUCCUUCCCUCGGUUUCUCCGCUCUCACCACUGCGCAGAGGCCAUCAAGGCUUAUUAAACUUCCCGGCUGAGAAAGGCUUCGGAAACUAAUCUUUUCUGCUGGACUUGACUGUAAUGUGCAAUUCAUUCUUGCAACAUGUUUUGUCAUGCAACAGUCUAUUACAUGGUGUUAGAAACAGAAGCAUAGUAGCACUAAAAUGCUUAAAUAGAUGAAAAAAAAU